UCUACACUACUGAUUUAAGAACAGAAGACGCUUCAUCUAUGUAUUAAUGAUAUUGUAACUGAUACUAUUAUAACAAAUACAUAAAUGACAUUCUAUAUAUGGCUAUAUUUUGUUAUCGUGCGUUUGACAGAGUUAAUUUUUCUUAAAAUGUGAGAAAAUUUAAAACCUUUAUUUAGGAUAAACAUAAUAAUUGGAGAAUGAUUUCAAAACAGAAUAUUAAAGUUAGCUUAGGUAUUCUUCUUUUCGUGUACAUGUGUAUACAGUUAUUUAUAGUGCAAAUGGAAAAGUUUAAGUCAAAGCCUUCACAAAUGAUUACCUACGAUCCAGUGUCCAAAAGUAUUGCUAUUUUCCCAAACAGCACGACUUCUUUCCCAAACAGCACGACUUCUUUGCCAAACAGUAUGACUGCUUUAUCCAGUUGGACCACCACACGAAAUGUGCCACUUCAACAAAGUAAAUGUAAUAGAUCAGUCAGUCUCAUUAGAGGACAUCUGAGGCAAUAUCAAGGGUUUCUUACCUUAGGAUUAUGUACAGUCCCGAGAUCAAAGGCAACGUACUUAAAAGAUACGCUCACGUCUCUGAUUCAUCACAUGACAAAUGAACAAAAAGAAAAGAUCGUGAUCAUUGUGUUUCUAGGAUUUCACAAUAAAUCUGAUGUUGAUGCAACCGUUCAUAUGAUUGAACAUAACUUCAAUGAUAGCCUUUCUACGGGAGGUUUACAAAUAAUUCAACCAGCUGAAAGUGUCUAUCCGGACUUUAGUAAAAUGACAAAACAAACCUUCAACGAUUCUAUGAAGAGAGUUCACUGGAGGACAAAGCAAAAUAUUGACUUUGCUUAUUUGUUUGGCUAUUCUGAGAAAUUGUCGAAAUACUAUAUACACGUGGAAGAUGACGUUGAGGCCACUCCUAAGUACAUAAACAUAAUCACGGACUCUUUAAUCAAAGAAGAAAAAGCAAAGCACCAUUGGUUUGUGUUGGACUUUGGGCAAGGUUUCAUUGGAAAACUUUUCAGAUCAAGUGACCUGUGUAUGAUCAAAGACUAUCUUUUGCUCUUUCAAGAUCAAAAACCUUGUGAUAUGUUAUUAGAAGAUCUACAACAAAUUCAAUUGCAUAAUUUUAAAAAAGUAAGUAAGGUCAAGAAAGUCUUCAAACAUCGAGGAAAAUAUUCAUCUUUAGAAGGUAAAAUAGUUCCGGAUGAAAAAGCGAAAGUGACCUCGAAAAAAUCGUUAUUAAUAACAACUGAACCUUUGUAUGUUUCUAAUUUAACUUCAAACCCACCAGCUAUUAUUGAGACAACAUUUAAAACGUAUUCCAAUUUCACGCCGGAAUAUGCUUAUGAGAUCAAUAGCACGUUGUUUUUCUGGGCUACAGUACCUAAGGUCGGAGAAUAUUAUAGAGUGAAAUUACAGUUCCCGGUGCUGUGUUCACGCAUUGCAGUUCGCACAGGUGCACCUAAAACAGGAACGGAUAGAUUAGAAAACGCAGAGAUUGUUAUUAGUUAUAAGUCUACCAAUGACGGAACAUGUAAGGGCAAGAAAUCUGUUGGAAUUUUAUCGCAUGGUAAAUUUGAGCAGACGUUCGUUCAACCACAAGCGUUGAAAUGUUUAGAAAUUAUCAUGACGAAGAGACAGAAAAAUUGGUUAAUUAUAUCUCAAAUAGAAAUAGAAACGAAAUAAUAUUAAAAUGCAAAAUAAUAUUUAUGUAACGUCAUACGUUUUGACAAGUACGCAAUUCAUUCAUGAAGUCCAAGAAUUAACUGAAGUUACCUCCCAUGAUGUUCAGUUUUUGUAUACAUUGCUUGCAAUGUAUACAGAGUUAUAGUUGUAUUUCAGAUUUAGUACACCUAACCUGUUUUGCUGAACAACAUCCACAUUUGGAUGAAACCUCGAUAAAAGUAGAUCCUCAUUUUGCAGGAUUGUCACAUUAGGAUCACUUUUUAUUAAUAUACUGUUUGCAUAGUGGUCAAUAAGCUUUGAAAGUUCAAAACUAUGAACUUUCAGUUUAAAUAAACAUUUUCUAAACAUGAAAGCAAAAAAUAUGAAAAUUUCUAUUUCAUUCAUAAAAGCGUUGUGUAAACCUACGCUUCAAACUUCGUAUCCACGCAUGCGCGUGCAAGAAUGAAUGAAUUACGACAGACUUUGUAUAAAAAUAUGUCCAACAUCCAAAAUUAAUAUUAAAUCAAACAAGUAAACCUUAUUUACUUUUAAAUAUAGACUUGCAUACUUUUUCUAUUUCAAACUGUUUUAGAAAACGAGCAUAUACAUAUAUAUAUGUCUUAUUUAGUGUUAUGUAACAUUGUAAGCGUCUGUAUGAAUGGAUUAAAGUUUACGUUCUGAAAACGUAUUGUCAUAUAAUUGCAUAUAAUAGAACCCUAUCAAUGUGGUGGCUUCGGAGGAGUAUGCAAUUAUUUGUUUCACACCUGCAGUGUGAAGUAUUUCUGCCACUUUAGUGAAAUAUAUCGUCCAAAA